AUGAAGAAAAAGAGCAGCGUGGAGGGCAAUUCGAAUGAUAUGAUUGACGUGGCGAUCAGCCAGUCGCCAAUCUCCACGUCAGAGCCCUCCCCUGACUUUGAUGGGCAGCAAUGGAAACUCCUCCCCUUUGGAGUUUAUCAUCUUGGCACUGAGAAGGGGGAGGAGCAGAUUCUGGAAUUCGGUCUGUAUGAGCACAGACUCGCGCUGCAUUUUACAAGUAGCGAUCAGCGACUGAAGAUGCAGCUCAUGAAAGCAGCAGCAACACCCCUCCUCCUGUGCCUGAUCCUUGUGCCAGCAGUGCUGGCAGACAGCUGCUAUCCCUACAUCGGUUCCGAUUUACGUUACCACCGGCAACAAGAUUGCGUGUUGGGCUUUUGUGCUGGAAAGUGCGAGGAGAGAUAUUGCGGUAUCCUGCCUGGGACCCAACUGGACCAGUCACAGCUUCUGUGCAUUAUUAAUAAUUUUUGGAUGGUCCUUGGAUUCGGCAUCAUUAUAGGCCUCUCACUGUUAGCUUCGAUUAUCUCUUGCAUCUGUAAAUGCUAUUGGUUUUCCCAUCGAGAGCGCUCCAGUCAUACCAAUAUGUCGGUGACCAAUAUCAUGCCUCAGCAGCCAGUGAUUGCAGCGAUGCCUCCAGUUGGAUACCAGCCCGUCCCAACACAUGCCAGUUAUGCAGGCAAACACCUGCCACCUCCAGCCUACCCAGGAGAAGAAAAUCGCACUUUUACGGAAUACCCUUGAAGCCUCUUGUUACAUGUUAUCACUGUUUUGUAUAAAGGAUGGAGAGAAGGCGAGUGCCAAGUGUUGCUUUCCAGACAAAUCAUUUCAUAUUCUGGUACAUGUUUUGCUUUAGUGACUUUAGUAGCAUUCUGCAGUUUAGAAUCACUAGAAGAUUCCAUAUAUUAUAUGUUUACACAUUCUAAAAAAAUAGGACAUUCUGUGACCAUUCCCAAAAAAUAAAAAAAACUAUACUUAAACAAAAAAAAAUCUGCUCUAUUAGUUGUACUGUUAAUAAAAAUACUAAUCUGAUUGUUUUAGAAGUGUGCAACGCAUACACAUAAGGGCUCACUGAAUACAAAACACUAGGUUCAUGCUGCAGCUUAAUAAACAUUUCCCAUACACAUAUACAGUCCAUAUAUGGAACAACCAGCUACAUGGGGUCACACACUGUAUGCCCCCCCCCCAUUAAUAUUGUUCCUACCAUUUAUGCAAAGAGCAUGAAUAACUGGAAAAGCAGGAAAUGACCUGACCAACAUGGUGCAUCAUCAAAUAACAUUUUCAAAUCUGCCCAAUUCCUGAACUAACUAAUAUCCAUCAACAAUCACAGAGAUGUAUAUAGGACACUAGGCACAAGGUUGGCUUUAAGUUGAGUGGUACAAUUGUUCCAUGAACACCUGCCCUUCUGGGCUCAUGCUAAAGACACUCAGCCAACUUGCAGAUAUUGUUAAACUACAACUCCCAUAGCUAAAGCCUGCUUCAAACCAACAACAUCUGUACCAGUUCCCUUAUUGAUACAAUUAAUGGCUGCUCCAUAGCUCCUUGCAGUGUUUUGUAGGUAAAAUCUAAAUUGAUCCACCAUCAGAUGCAACUGAUUUUGUUUUUCCUCUUUUUAUAUUCUAUGGUCUUGGUAUUAAAGUCUGAGUAAUCUUUUCACAAUGAUACCCAAAGCCAGUGCUAUUUGGUACACAUUCUAGGAAACAUGAUUUAAGGAAUGCAAAAUAUUCAAUUUGGAGAAAAAUAGUCAAAGUAAAUGGGGGUCCCAUGAGGCCCUAAUUGAUGAGCAAUUGCAAUAUAUAUUGGUAAAACAGGUCAUCAUCUGGACAUUUUUGGGGCCCUAAAAUAAUUUGCUGUGAGGCCCGGUACCGUCUAGUUAUGCCACUGGAGCUAGCAAGGGAAACAUGAGAGGGGAGAAAUUAGAUUUUUUUGUAAAAAGUAAGUUAUGUACCUAUGAUUUGAGACACAGAAGUACCCCUUUAUGAUAAGCAUUUCCUUGCUUAAGUCUUAUGUUAUCUUAUGUUAUGCUUAUGUCUUAGUAUCUGAACUUUUCUGUUUUGUUACAAAUGUAUUGGGUUUUUUAAAAAAAAUAAACAUUUAUGUUUUUAAACUA